GGCUGCCCCGGGGAGGCGUGUUUGCGUCGGCGUUUUCCCGCGCGGGCGCCGCCGAGGAAAUAAAAGUUCCGUAUUGUUGUUUGUGGCCCGGCUGCUUGUUUGUCAUCGGCCCGGUCGGUUGUCUUUCGCAGGUCCCGAGGCGGCAAAGGGAUGCCGAAGCGCUCCUGCCCGUUCGGGGACUCGGCCCCGGUGCAGCUGAAGACCCGCGUGAGGCUGAAGGAGUUGAGCCAGGGCGUCAUGGGCGAGCGGUACCGGCGAGAGAUCUUCGAAAAAACAAAACAGCUGCUCUUCAGAGGUGCUCAAGCUUAUAUGGCAAAUACGUGGAAUGGGAACACAGUGGGAGCGUGCCGAAUUGAUCCAGAGCCACUUACAGACAAACAAGGAACUUGCUCUUGGAAUAGAUGCAAUGGACAAAUGCUAAUUGGGCAGGAUGGAAAACUUCGGCAGCCCCACACAAAAGAAACAUCUCUACCCGUGGGAGUUUCCAAGGCCUGCUCAACAUGCAUAAGGACAGUAGACCACAAAGAAGCAUGCAUGUCCUGUGAUCGGUACAUAUGCCGGAACUGCAGCAAGCGCUGUAGCUGCUGCAGUGCUGUUGCUUGUUCCUUGUGUUCUGUUAUUGAAUCUGAUGAAGUUGAUGAGCGAAUCCUUUGCAAUGGCUGCUCAAUGUUUGAGGACUAAAAUGCUUGAAAAGCCAGUGCUACAUUUCAGGGGCAGAUUUGUAAAGAAGCAUUUGGAUUUUAAUAGCUGGACAAUUUAAUCUUUCUAGUGUGUGGAAUGUGUGUGUUUUUUAAAAUGUAUUUCUAGAACUGUGUAGCUUGAUGAAAUAAACCAUUUUAUAUUUUGAGAAAAUAAA